AUGGGUUUGGUUGAUUUGAUCACUAGGGUUGACUCAAUCUGCAAAAAGUACGAGAAGUACGAUCUCGACAAACAGAGAGAAGCUAACAACAUCUCCGGAGACGAUGCUUUCACUCGUCUCUACUCUUCCUUCGAAUCAGCACUCGAAACUCUUCUUCAGAAAACGGAGGAGUUCUCGUCUGAGACGAACAGAGCCAAAGCUGUAGCAAUGAACGCGGAGAUAAGAAGAACGAAAGCUCGUUUGCUUGAAGGUGUUCCGAAACUACAGAGGCUUGCUCUCAAAAAGGUUAAAGGGCUCUCACAGGAAGAGCUUGAUGUUAGAAAUGAUUUGGUUUUGUCGUUGAGAGAUAAGAUUGAGACCGUACCAGAAGGCUCUGUUCCUUCGAAUGGUUGGACUGCUUCAACAUCGUACACGAACAUCAGAUUCGACACGAAUGUCUCUGAUGGGAGAGUUGAUAGUGAAUAUUUCAAACGAACUGAAGAGUCUGAUCGGUUUAAGCAAGAACACGAGAUAAGAAUAGUGAAACAGCAGGAUCAAGGAUUGGAUUUCAUAGCUGAAGGGUUGGAUACACUCAAAAACAUGGCUCAGGACAUUAAUGAGGAACUUGAUAGACAAGAACCACUCGUGGAUGAAAUAGAUACAAAGAUUGAUAAGGCAGCUACUGACUUGAAAAGCACUAACGUGAGGCUCAAGGAUACUGUAACUAAGCUGAGAUCAAGCCGCAACUUUUGCAUAGACAUCAUCCUUUUAUGCAUACUCCUUGGAAUCGCUGCCUUCAUUUACAAUUUUUAG